CCUAAAUCAAUACAAUCUAAAUCCGAUGAGGACCGGAAGGUACUUGCUAGUAUUCAAUCUUUCUGAGGCAUAAUAGAUGUCGCCAUUAGUCAAUGCAAUUUCAAUUACUAAAAUACAUUGAUUGGGUAUACGUGGUCUAUAUGGGCCACAACACUCUUGAUGAUGCCUCUGCCUCCUCCCUUCACUUGACUAUGCUACAAGAAGUAAUUGGCAGGGAUGCGGAGAACCAUAUGCUUCAAAGAUACACGAGCAGCUUUCAUGGAUUUUCUGCGAGACUUACCCAAGAGGAGGUUAAAAAACUGUCAGCUAUGGAGGGGGUUGUUUCUGUGUUUCUCAGCAAAAAGAACAAGCUGGCAACAACUAGUUCAUGGGACUUCAUAGGGUUUCCACUUAAAGUCAAUAGAUCAACACUGGAAAGCGAUAUUAUCAUUGGGGUUUUUGACACGGGAAUAUGGCCCGAAUCACCCAGUUUCACUGGUCUAGGAUAUGGUCCUCCUCCUGCUAAAUGGAAGGGCAUUUGCGACGCCAAUUUCUCAUGCAACAACAAAAUCAUUGGAGCUCGAUACUUCAAGGCAGAUGGAAUAUACGGCCCUACAGACCUCCAAUCACCAAGAGAUUCCGAUGGUCAUGGAACCCACACAGCAUCUACAGCCGCCGGAAACAUUGUAACAAAUGCAAAUCUGCUUGGCCUCGACCCAGGAACAUCUAGAGGAGGCGUACCCAGGGCCAGAAUCGCAGUAUAUAAAGUUUGUUGGUCAAACGGUUGUUCAGAUGUCGACAUUCUUUCUGCUUUUGAAGCAGCCAUCGCUGAUGGUGUUGACUUAAUCACAGUCUCCGUAGGCUUAGUACAUGCUGAAGAGCUUUUUAAAGAUGCCUUCGCUAUUGGUUCCUUUCAUGCCAUGAGGAAACAAAUAUUGACUGUACAAUCUGCUAUGAACGAAGGCCCAAUGCCACAAACCAUUGGUAGUAUCGCUCCAUGGAUUCUUUCUGUGGCUGCUGGAUCAAAAAACCCAGAUUUAAUCACCCCUGUUCGACUAGGAAAUGGUAUAGUUGUUAAUGGAGUUUCAGUAAAUCCCUUUAAACUUAAAGGAAUGUAUCCUCUAAUUUACGCCGGAGACGUUCCAAAUAUCACCGCUGGUUUCAGUGGCUCAACAUCGAGGUUUUGCAUCAAAAAUUCGUUGGACAAGAAUUUAGUGAAAGGUAAAAUAAUUAUAUGUGAUACGUUAACGACUGGAGAAGACGAAAUGUUGGCGGGUGCUGUGGGGUCCAUCAUGAUAUAUCCUGGACCGUAUUUUGAAGCCAUUGGUUCUUAUCCUUUGCCUGCUAGUAUUGUUAACUCCGAUCAAGCUUCAAUUAUCGCUGACUACUUACAAUCAACAGAAAAUGCAACAGCAGUAAUAAUGAAGAGUGAAGAUAUCAACAAUGUGUCAACCCCAUAUGUUGCAUCUUUCUCAUCAAGAGGUCCAAAUCCAACAAAUAAAAACAUCCUCAAGCCAGAUUUAACAGCUCCUGGGGUGAGAAUUCUAGCAGCAUGGUCACCUGUGGCACGAAUUAGUCAAGCAGAAGGAGACCACAGAGAAGUACCAUUCAAUAUGCUAUCAGGGACAUCAAUGGCAUGUCCACAUGUCAGUGGUAUUGCUGCUUAUAUCAAAACAUUUAACCCGAAAUGGUCUCCAGCAGCCAUUAAGUCGGCUCUCAUGACAACAGCUUCGGUUAUGAAUGGUGAGACGGAUGCUGAAUUUGCAUAUGGAGCGGGUUAUCUUAAUCCAUUGGCAGCUAUGAAACCUGGGCUGGUAUACGAUGCUGUUGAGGUCGAUUAUGUAAAUUUUUUGUGCCAUGAAGGCUAUAACAUCAAAGAUAUCAGAAUUAUCACUGGGGUUAAUAGUAGUAGCUGUUCUAAGCACAAACAACCCAAUGAUCUAAACUAUCCUGCGUUUGUCAUCCCAACGCUGCGUAACAAAGCUGUUAAUAUAACGUUCAGUCGGACAGUUACCAAUGUCGGUUCUGCAAAAUCAAGGUAUAGAGCGUCAAUAACUCCCCCACGUGUUGGCGAUUUGGGCAUACAGAUUGAGCCGAAUAUCCUACAGUUCAAAAAAAUUGGGCAAAAGCUGUCUUUUAAGAUGAGUGUUCAGACCACCAUACAGAAGUUAGACAGCCCAAUUGUUUCUGGUGAAUUGACUUGGUAUGAAAUCGAUGGUGUGCAUCAAGUGAGGAGCCCCAUCGUUGUGCAUGUUCCAUAAUAGUCAUUAAAUGUAACUCAAUGCAAAGAUUAUUCUUCUCUGUCGUUUCUUUGUCUUGGUGUAUAUGCUUCUACAUUUUGAAGUUAUUAUAUUUCGCACACCUCAAAACAGUUUAUUAAAUUUAAUAUGUUCCUGGAAGGCCAUUUUCCUCACAAGAAAUUAAGUGUAUUACUCUUAA